AUGGAGGUCCAAAAGCUUCCGGAGGGCUGGACCUCCGGUGCCGGCCUCCUGGCUCUCCUUGCUGUUGAUGCAGCAUUUGCCGCGGUUUCAUCCGUGGUAGAUGACGGCUACAUGCGAAGGCUGGACUGCGACAGCAAGAACUGGACGGCCUUUCGACAGCUUCUGGUGUCCAAGAUGGAGGCAAAUGUCCAGCUUGGUCGAGACGCAGAGCUGCAAAGCCUUGCCGAGAGUUUGCUUCCGUUGGGCUCCAGCCAUCGGCAGCUGAUCGAAGACUUCCUUUCAACGCUACUGGGAGAACACAGGCACACGCGGAGGAGAACCUGUUUCCCAGGCUACCAGGCGGCGUGUUUGAUGCGCGUGUUGCGCCUGGCAGCUGAGGAGGCAUCGUUGGCUCCACUUGAUGGAAGGCGCCUGACGACCCAGAAGCUGCUUCUUUCCAAUGCCCAGUACUGCACGGGGCUCUUUGGGAAGGAUGCGGCACUGGAGUUCUUGAGCUCCACCAGUUGGCCCGUGCAGCUGUUGGACUUCGAGGUGCAUUUGAGGAGCUCCAGUGAUCUCUCGGUGACCAAGAGAUAUGCCACAGAUCUGCCACCAGGCAUCGAGACCUUUCAGCAGCUGAGGCAACUCUGGCCAAAGCCUUCACUUCUAGGGCCAGGUUCCGUGGAUCCUCAGGGCAUUUCAGCCGGGUGUGACUUUUGCCAAGAACACGCGGGGCUACCAAGGCCCAUCCGCGUGCUGUCCGUUGAUGGUGGGCACUGCGCCUUGUGGUUGGAACCUGCGGUGACUUUGCGGGCCCUCUUCCCGGAAAAAGUAACCACGCAGCUCGCCACCUACAGGCAGGAGGAUUCUUGUGGUUCCAUGAUGGGAGAGUCCUCCUUCCAGCUGCAGCUGAUUGGAGGUGAUAAUGCCUUAUUUCGUGCUGCCGAUGUGCUGGUGGGCCAAUGGAUUGGGGAGUGCAGCAAGUUGCGAGUGCACUACUCCAAACCAGUGAUUGCCUACCUUGGCUUCCUGUUGUUGAAUGACCCCGUGGUGGGGAAGUACCACUUCUGGAGCGAACCGUUGCCCCAUUACUGGGAGAGGUUUCAGGUGAUGCAGGCGUGUGAUGUUCACGGUUCCAAGGGGAUGCCAGUGGAUGGAGGACCUCCCUGCGCAAUCGUUUUUGAAGAACCUCAGCUUGCGGAGGCAGCAUAUUGGCAAACAGGCUUUCGAAAUCCCAGCGUGCGACCCCUUUCGCUGUAUGUUGGAGCCAUGCACAACCCAGACAAAGCAUCGAAGGAUGUGCUGGUGAUCAAUCGAGCCCGUUUGUUGCGCGACACCUACUUCACCUUAGCACUGAAUGCAAUGAAACACCGCGAUUAUCCGCACAGCUUCAUCAACCAAAGGAAGCACAUGCCGUACGCUGAGAUGGCCGCCUACCGGGCGGCUGUAAUGAUGCCCUGGGACCUGAACCUGGUGAUGUUUCAUGAUAUCUAUGCGAUGAAUCUACCACUCUUUCUCCCUGAUCUUGCUGGCUUGCACCGAGUGGCAGUCACCUACUUUGCGCGCUUCAGAAUGCAGCCCUUCAGUGAAAGGCUUGUCAGCACAUGGCCUGCCUCAUUGCCAUCACAUCCAUACUCCCCCUUCGACCUGGAAUUCCUGGAGGCCCGACAGUAUUGGCUCCACUUCACUGAAUACAUCAGAGCACCUGCUGUGAAGCAUUUUGCAAGCCUCCCAGACUUGCUGUUGCAGGUGGCAGACCUGGACGGCCUUUCCAUCUCCAAGCAGAUGCAGCUGCAGAAUGAUGAGUGCUUUCGCUCCAGCCAGGCCUUCUGGUUGGGAGUCUUCGGGGCUUUUCAGCUUGGUCAAGGCCGGCAAAGCGCUUCAAGUCCUACUGUCUUGCAUUUCACCACACCCUGGGCAGAGAACCUGUGCUGGCUGGGUGGCAUGUCCCAGGAGCACUGUUGCGAUACAUCCUUGGGAGUCGAAGGGGAUCCUCUCUGUUUCGAUGACUUCUGGACAUUCCACCGAUGUUGUGUCAACACCCUGACCCUGCCGGCUUUGGAUGACUCUCGUUGCGGUACCAGUGGGCCUUAUGGCACAGUCUUUGAGUCGCCUUUGGGUGGGAUCCCUUGGGUUCAGGCCAUCCCGAGUCAGGAGGAGCCCUUCGUGUUUUUGUGGGACGAGAAAUCCGGUGGCACUGCCUUCAUGCAGUGGCUGAAAUAUUCCGUUUGGCGGCUCGGGAUGUUGGAGUCGUCCUUCAUGUAUACCAUGCCGGGGCAUCCAGUAGCUGUUGGAACUGCUUUCUAUCUGAAGAGCGCAAGUCCUUCACAGAGAUCCAAGUUCCAAGUGCUAUCUGGGCACUUCGACUGGCGUGCCAUGCAUGAGGGCAUCGACUGCCAGCAGCGGAAGAAGGCGCGCUGCUUUGUCUUGGUUCGACAUCCUGUGGAGCGGUUCCUAUCCUACUACCAAGAGAGAACGGACCAGCACUUUGCUCAGGGUCUGGGCCGAGGGCCAGCUGGUUGGAGCGCGGCCGCAUGGCGUUUCUACUUGAGAAGUGUGGAACGCGAACGUCUCUGGUACAAUGGUGAGGAGACAGGCAUCUUCUGCAACAGGGAGAACAUGCUAUGUCUGGACCUGCAGAAGACCAAGGGUCAUCCGUUGGGCCAUCGAGUGCGUCCUGAGUCUGCCAAGGAGCGCUUCUACUACCGCUUCUUGGCUGGUCCACAGAAUCGCCUCACGUGGGCCCUGGAUCCAGAAUUUGGCGAUGCAAGCACGGCUAUUUGGCGCUUGCGCCGCUGCGUGGUGGGAAUGCAGACCGAGCACUUUCAGGGCUUCAAGGAGGUGCUGGCUCACUACUUCCCAUGGCUUCAUGAGGUACCAAAGGAAGACCCUGCUCAGCGGCGAGCACGACGGACCGUGGGAUCUGCACUGCUGACGUCCCUGCCACAUUUUGCCAAGAGGCUGAUUGCCAAGUACAACAGCAAGGACAUGCGGGUCUACUACGCUGCCAGGCGUCAGUUCCGGCAGCAGCUGUGGCGCAUCCGUCGAGCUCGAGGAAAUGUAGGGACUGGCUCGCCAGCGGUCGCCAACAUCACUCAGGCAGAGGCUGCAGCGAUCCUGAACAAGGCUCUCGCUCACACUGCCACCUUUCGUAACCACCAGAGGAUUUCCGAGUACCUCAUGCGGUGA